CUAUGAGCAUGCGAUGCGGUUGAUGUCAGCAGCGGUAGCGCCAGUCAGUCCGGCGGAGCUGAGGACUGGAAGGAUGAUGGCGGCCGGCAGAGCGACUCUCUUCCGUUGGAUCUGACGGAUAAAUCCCUCUACCGGGCUCAGAGAGCCACCUCAACGAUGGAGAGACAGGGGUUCCCCGACCAGGACCAACUCCUGCAGUUUCUGAAGAGGCUCAAGGAGGUGUUUGAUGUCUGUGACGAGGAUGCUGACGGCUUCAUCCGGGUGGAGCACUUGAUGGACCUUGGGCUUCAGUUCGGUCAAGGAGACGAGGUGAAGAAGCUGACUAAGCAUCUGUGUCCUAAUGCUCAUGGUAAAAUAAACUUCAAAGAUUUCUGCCAUGCAGUGUUCGCUAUUAAAGGUUUUGAAGAGAUAUUAAAGAUUGCUGUUUGUCCUCGGAGUCUGACAUCCCGGCAUCAGUCAGUCACAGACAAUGGCUACAUUUAUCAGAACGGUGAGGUAAAGCUUGGCCCUCCAAUUAUCACAUAUACGCAGUCUUACCCAGAGUGCCGUGUGUAUGAUGCGAGGCAUGGAGCUGAGGCAGAAUGUGACAUGGACAGCAGUGUUGAAAACGCUCUCAGCUCUGACUCCCAAGAGACAUCACAAGACAGACAUGUGAUUGGAUCGGCGUCUGCCCCUGUCAUCCCCAGAGAAGAGCAGUUUGAGGACUAUGGUGAGGGGGUAGAUGUAGAUUUCAGCCCCAGCAGCCCUUGUCCUGAAGAUGACAGCAGGACAAAUGGCUUCUCAGACCUGAGUUCCUCACUCCCUUCCAGUGCUGGGCACACUCCUCAGAAGAUGCAGCAGCUGUACAACAGUGAUCUGCUCGACAUCUACUGCUCUCAGUGCUGCAAAAAAGUAAAUCUUCUCAACGACCUAGAGGCUCGCCUGAGAAACCUCAAGGCAAACAGCCCUAAUAGAAAGAUUUCCAGCACAGCAUUUGGACGUCAGCUGUUCCAGGCCAACCAUGGUGUUUUUGACUCCAGUCAGGGCAGCAGCACAGAGGAUCUGUUCACAGACAGCAUUGACUCCUGUGACCUUGACAUCACAGAGAAAGUCAGUUAUCUGGAGAAGAAGGUGACAGAGUUGGAGAGUGACAGUCUGGCCAACAGUGACCUCAAGUCUAAACUCAAACAGGAGAACACCCACCUAGUUCACAGAGUGCAUGAGCUUGAAGAGCAGGUCAAAGAUGCUGAGACUAAGGCUGCAGAGACCCUGGGAGAGGAGAUGAAGAGGCACCGGGAGGCCUACAGCAAGAUGGAAAGAGACAGAAACACAGAGAUAGACCUGCUCUGUUGCAGGGUCCAUCAGUUAGAAGAGGAGAAUGGAGAGAUGAAAAUUAAUGUGAGCAGGCUCAAGUCUCAAUCUGAGAAAAUGGACCAGGAAAAGCAAAGGAUGACGGACAAACUGGAGGACACUAGUCUAAGGCUGAAAGAUGAGGUGGACCUGUACAGAAAGAUAAUGGAUAAGCUCUGGCAAAACCGCCAUGAGUUUCAGAAAGAAAAAGAGGCCAUGCAGGAGUUAAUUGAUGAUCUUCGUCGGGAGCUGGAGCAUCUGCAGUUGUUCAAGUUGGAAAUGGAGCAUCCUGGGAAGGGCAAAGGGCUGUCUGAAUAUAAUGCCAAGAACCGAGAGACUGAAAUGGAGCUUGAAGUCAAGAGACUGAAACAGGAGAACUUCAAGCUCAGAGACCAGAACGAUGACCUUAAUGCUCAGAUUCUGAGUCUGAGUUUGUAUGAGGCAAAGAACCUUUUUUCCUGCCACACCAAGGCCCAGUGCCUUGCUGCUGAGAUUGACAAUGCUUCAAGAGAUGAGCUUGUUGAUGCUCUGAAAGAACAGGAAGAGAUCAACCUGCGUUUGAGGCAAUAUAUGGACAAAAUCAUUCUGGCCAUUCUUGAUCACAAUCCUUCCAUCCUAGAGAUUAAGAAUUAAAUAUUUCACAUUCACACACACACACACACAUUUGUGUUAGUGUAGUGGUGGCCAUGACACCAUCUUCCUAAUUCCCUGUAUUUGAAAGUUGGAAUGAAAGAUUUCAGCCAUUCCUCCAAACACUGGAUUGGGAAUGAACUUCCUUUUUCUAACAUUUGAUCCCAAAAAAUAUGCAUUGAACUGUUUUAGCUCAUUCGCUUCAUAUAAAUUCUGAUCUAAGCAAACAUGCUGAAAGUCAGGAUUGGUUAGCAGAUCUGAUGAAUCACAACUUCACACAUUUAGACAUCAAUAAUAUCUUUAUGAAGAGAUAUUUUCAGUUUUAAUUUUUGACCACAGUUUCAUGCUGUUUAGAAAGAAGGCAGGAUUGUCAGUUCUGUGUUUCUUCAGUGUGAUGUUGCCUGAGGGGAUGGUUGAUUUGCUGACGUCUACAGUUACUGAUGUUUGCUACGACCUUUGUCAGAAAUACUAAUGAUAUUUCAACGAUGAACUUGUUUCUUAUCAUAAUGCCUCUUCUUAUUAUACUACGAGCAGCUGCCAACUAAUUUAGUAAUGCAUUUAUUAAUGAAACAGUAUUUUACAAAAUAUUAGUUCUUCUGAUUAUUUAGUGUUACAAAGAAUAUUUUGUACUAUAUAAUAUUACGUAAGCUAGCAUUCAGAGACCCCUUUUAACACUUCGUAUUUACUUCUUCACAGUUCUAGAAUUGCGCCGCUCAAGGUGGCAGCGGGUUGGAGUAGCUCUGUUACUUUUAAUAUGAGCUACAACAGCUUUUAAUUUUCCUAUGGAGUUAAUAAUUUAUUCGUGAAUUUGAAAUUCAAUUAAAACUGCAUUUGGCAGGUUAGCACUACCACUGUACAAGUGGCUUAAAUGGGCAAAAUAAGACCUUCUAGUUGGUUUAAAAACCCUGCAGGCCUCCCCUUCAGACUGAAGGAGAUUAAUUCCGAACUUCAACAAAGCUAAGUUUAGGAAGUCGGAUAUGAACCAGUCACACCGACUUUACUUAGCGGAACUAGAAUAUUCUCAGGCACUGCUUCUUGCUGUGAUUCGAUUUUGCUUCUUCUAAUACUUUAGUUUGUCUGUUUGAGCACAUCUGAAUGUUUACAUGACGCCUUUGAUUUAUAUAGCAUUUAUUUCAAGUGUCAUUUUUUAAGUAAUAUUGUAAAUGAGCCUAUGAGUAAUUUCAGACCUGUCUCAAUAGUAAAUGUGCCAAUAUUGAAAAUAAUGUGCCAAAUUUGUUUCACUGAUUUAGAGAUAAGACUUAACAAACAUCUGAAGGUCCUCAUAUAAACUGGACAGCUUAUCUCUUUAAGCCUGAAUGACUGGAAGGUGUUGUGGCACAUAUUUCUCAUUUUUGUGUUAAAAUCAAGAUUUUAGCUGAAUGGGGGUAGGAGACUGGAAUGACUUUUUUAAUUGUCAGUCAUCCAAAAACUUCACUUGGAGUUUCAAAUUUUUCAUUUUAUAGGAUUAAAGAACA